AUGGGGAGUGAAUUAUUGGACCAACUGAAUGAUGAAAUAAAAAGGGUUGUCACACCUGUGUCAGUUUUUAUUGGAAUUGAAGCAUUUCUAGGAUUUUUUGGCAAUUUAUUUGUACUGUACGUGUUCAUAAAACGAUACCAUGACUGUAACUUCCGCUACUUUGUGUUGUGCUUGGCUUUCCUGGACUUUAUCAGCACACUGACCACAAUGCCUGGGCAGAUAUUCACGCAGCAGCACUGGUAUAAGUACCCAUUUCCCAUCGUCUGUAAGGUCAAGUCAUUCUUUAACGUGUUCACAGUGUCAGGGGAGGCACUUUGUCUGUGUACAAUCGCCGUAGAUCGCUACCGGAAGGUAUGUGCGCCAUUAGGAUGGCAGAUCAAGCCUCGCCAGGCUCUUAUCAUGUGCGGCGUCACCUACGGCGCGGCGUUCGCCCUUUCUCUCCCGGUCUCGUUUCUCUGGGGAACUCACCAGCAUGUAAGAAUAUACAAUGGAAGAAACGUUACUGUCACCGUGUGUGGUAAGGAUUCUCACUAUGUAAACAGUAAACAGCCAUUUCUAUACGCGGCAUCAGUGAAUAUUAUAAUUGGGAUAUGCCUGUUGAUCCUGCUCGUUCUUUAUAUACUGGUAGCAAAGACACUCAUCUUAGGUCGUCCAUGGACGCGAAGGCGCCAAAAUCUAGGCGCGUCUAAAGUUAGCAAGUCGCUAGCAUCACAGACAAAAUCAAAACAAAAGCUCAAGAUAAGCGAUGGAGGUAGCGUUUCUAAUUCAAACGUACCGACCGGAAUCGAAAUGGCUACGAUUGAUUUAAGCACAACGGUAACGAGGUCCCUGGAUGACGAAAGUGAGCCGGUUGACGUCGAUGAUUGUCGUGUCAUGGACGCCCAUACUUCAUGCGAUGGUGGGACGUCGGAAGUACGUCCCAAAAAACGGAUACGACGUCAACGUCGAGAUAUAGCGAGCCGCGUUCGCCGGAAAACGUACAUCAUGUUCGUUCUGACAAUCAUAUUUAUUGUCACAACAAUUUUGUAUAUGACAUUAUUAGCAUCAGCUGAUAUCUUAAAGAGUUUAAAUGACUAUGAGAAGGCUGUGUAUUUCUUCUUCUUCAGACUGGUGUUCAUAAACCAUGUUAUCAACCCUUUCGUGUACGGUUGUCUCGACCCUCAGUUCAAACAAAUAUUAGGAGACAUGAAAAAAUGCCUACUAAUGAAAGUAAGGAAAGUGUGA